AUGCAGUCCCGCCUCGCACACUCGUCGCAGCGCCUCGCCCGCCUCGCCUCUCCAUCUCCCCGAGUCGCGCAACCAUCGAACAGGCGCACGCUCUUCGGAUGGGGCAAGAAGGACAAGUUCCAGGACGUGCCGAAACCCGUCUUGACGCAGGACAACCUCUUCCACCCGCUCUCGCAGUCGCCGUUCCCAGAGAUGCGCGCAAAGGGCGAGCGCAUCAAGCAGCUCGCUUACUGCCCCGUCUCGCUCGACAAGUACGGCGAAAAGGUCCACGUUGCGUACGAGUGCCCCAACUGUGGAUUCCCGACCCACGCGAGCGAGGAGCGGUGGCAGGAGGACGAGAACCACGGGCGGUACUGGCCGCGAUUGAGGGAGGCCAACGAGGACGAGCACGACUUGCGGAGCGGGCGAGAGAUGACAGAGUUCCGGCUGCCAGGCGAGCAAGAGUAUGAGCAGGCCGUCUCGAUGGGCAACUGGGAUGUCUUCCUGUACACCCGAGGGUUCCCUUCCAUCGACACCGAACGCGCACGACGACACGUCUCGAAACUCCUGACCUACCCCAUCACAAUCGGCUCCGUCCUUCACGAGAACUCGCCGUACACGAUCCGGAAUCAGCGGCUCUUGCCCGAAGGAUUGCGGUCUCUUCUCGCCCUCCGCCGCACCCUCCACCCCGUCGCCAAGAGCGACGCAGCAGCAGCUGGUCUCCCUCCCUCUCCUCUCCGCAUCUUCAUCCUCGGAGCCCGUGCCGAAUCCUCCCUUCCCGCACGCGUCCUCGCGCAAAUCUCGCACCUCUUCCCCGCCGUCCCGCUCCACAUCGUCUUCAUCGGCCCCGAAUCCUACAUCCCUCCCUCUUCCUCCAAAUCGAGCGAGGACGACGCACAAAAGGGCGUCUAUGGCGUUCCCUCGCACACGCGGAUCGAGCACGACGGCAAGUUGACCAUCACAAGUCUGCGAUGCGGCUACUCGGACGUGCACGACGUCCUCGGCCCUUUCGACCCGUACCAGGACGUCUUCUUCGCCUUCUCGCCCGGCUUCGGUUUCCCAGACGAACACGACCCGCUCAAGACGCAGCUCGAGACAAACUGGCACUCGGCCGUCCUCUCGAUUCUCGAGACCAAGUGCGCGCUGUUCUGCACGGGGUUCAGCCCCGCAGAUAUCGAGCGCGAUGUCGUCGCGUUGGACAAGGUCGAGGGUAUCAGGGGCGAGUUUGACUGGCUGUUGACGCCCGGCGAGAACGUGUUUGGGAGCGAAAAGUGGGAGAUUGCAGAGUUCGACCCGAGGGUAGCCGUCAAGACCAACUGGGGCGUAUGGGGCAUCCGCGGUAAGCGCUACGAGGUUCGCGGCGAGACUAUCGAGACGCCUUGA